AUGCGAUGCGCGAGCAAGGCCGCCGAGAGCGCGUCUGCACGUCUCUGUGCGGACGCCGAAGCAGAAACUACAGCAACUGAUGUCCCAUCGGUUGCUGAAUCGACUCAGCCUGUAUCACCUGGUGAUGCAGGCGCUGGUCAUGAAGACACUCGUGUCUUCACAGAGUACGAGCUCGGUGUCUCGUACUCUCCUGAUACGGAUGACGGAUCCGUAUCGACGGCAAUUGAAUCCAAGCCGCCUGCCAAGCGUGGCAUGGACGAUGCUUUGCGUCGCAGCAUCUUUGGUUCAUCUGAUGAGUCAGAUGAACCAUCGCCGAAGCGAAGGCGCUCGAGGUCGCGAGACUCGGGCGCUAAUAGUGGUGUCGGUUCUCCUAUGGACACCACUUCACAGCGAGGUGCCAGUACUUCUGUCGGCACGUCGCAGGAAGAGCGGGACCGCAAUGUGUUGCGUCUCGCUCCAGAAAAGAAGGCAUGGAUGCCUCCUAAAUCUGUCAUGGAUCACUUGUCGGCGACGACGAGUGAUCGUUAUCGAACACGAUUGUUCGAUUCGUCGAGGAUUCAUCACCUUGACCCCAGCGCGAAAGACUAUCGCGCUGAACAUGAGUUCUUCAUCGAUGCUUUCUUCAGACAUCGAUGGUACAGUGGGAAUCACAAACGUGAUGGUCCCUCACUACUUCAGGCGUGGAACGCCUACAUCCAUAAUCUCGAGGAUGUAGGUCGUGACGCUUGGAACGACAAACUUAUCAAAGCUCGUGAUAAGUUUGAAAAGCGAACCCCGACAGGUGCACGCUACAAGCUGCAUCGUCUGUCAAGGGAGAAAGGAUUACCCUGCCUCUCUUGGGGAGACUCGUGCCCAUGUUGUGUGAACAACUCUGCACGAGCACCUAAGGAGGCUUACCUCCUUACCAGCCCGUGGUGGCGCGUACGUGUCUCUACUGAGAUGUACGAAGGGAUUGACAACCUGAAAUCCCUUUACGACCGUGCCGGGAAGACUUUCUCCGGCGGUCCUUCUGCGGCACAGGAUGUGUCGCGUCGUACUGCUCGACCAGACCCAGUACGUCAACCAUCAAUUGGGAGCGGGGCUCCCAAGAAUCCCAGGACGGGGGAUAGCCGCGCCACCGGACGAGAUAACUCGUCCGACGUCCGUUCACGUCGCGGUGGUUCAACAGCUGCUCAACUAGAUAGCGCUGGCCACCGCGAGAGUCCUCUAAUGGAGGUGGAGGAGGAGGAAAGACGCUCUCCACACGAUCAUGUGGAUCGGUGUGUUCCCGAGAGCUUCUUUUUGAUCGCGUAA